UACCAUGCUAAAAAAAAAAUAUUUUUUUCACAUGAUGUUAUAACAUUGUAACCUAAUUACAGGUGAUGCACAAGACCAGUCAAAGAAAAAGCAGGGAAAGGAAAAGAUGGUCAGGAAAGAUGAGUUGGAUGAGAGUUUCCCUUUACACACAGAGGAAGUGCCAGAAGCAGCAGAAAAAAAUCAGAGUUCAGUGGAGGCUGAAGGUGUUCAGGACAGCAUUCAAAAAAACAGAGUAACAGCAGUCAAAAGUAGUCACAAAAAGACAACAGAACAGUUGAAGACGAGUCAUGGAAAGCAAGAUAAGGAAAUGGAUGAGUUGGAGGAGAGUUACCCUUUACACACAGAGGAAGUGCCAGAAGCAGCAGAAAAAAAUGAGAGUUCAGUGGAGGCUGAAGGUGCACAAGAUGAAGAGACUGACAACAGAUAUUGCAUGCCAGGACGAAAGAAGUUUAAAAUUUUUAUUACAAGAAAGAAAUGGGACAAGAUAAAACCUAAACAUGCCAUGAAUAAACUUAGACCUCCAUGGACAGACACACUGUACCAUGAGUUUCUGAAAGAGAAUCCUUGUUGCACACUUUCAUUUAAAUAUCAGCAUGUGAAAAAAGGACACAGCCAUAAAAAGAAAUGUCAUUAUUUCAUUGCAAAAGCAAGAUGCACUUUUGAUGGGUGUACAGCUGUCUAUCAUUUCUAUAAGAGAAAUAAGCCAAAAUCAACAGAUAAAAAAAUUUGUUUUAAAGUUAUUCGCAUUGGUGUGGUUACACACAGAAAAAAUCAAAGGAAAUUUCGACCAGCGAAGUACCUGCGACGAGGAGAAAUAGCAAAAGCUUUAACCACAGGUGUGAGUAAUUUCCACUACGCCAUGCUGAAAAAUACACCGAUGGAUGAAUUAAGAGCUGGCAACAUAACACGCAGCAUGACCAAGGAUGUCUUAAAGAAAAUAUCCUCAGAGUUGAAGAAGAGUUCAAGGCUUCACAACGAUGUAAUGCUGGAACUCAUGCUCACUCAAAAAGUUAUUCGCGAGAGCAGCAAUCGUGCAUCAUUUAAAGGGUAUCUUCAGCACCUACAAAUUGAUCCUUUUGCUCUACAUUUGUACACAGAGGCUGGACUUAACAUUCUGUCUGAACACUUAAAAAAAACAUCACCUGUCACUCUCUAUCUUGAUGCGACAGGAAGCGUUGUCCAGAAAAUACCAGAGCAAAACAAGAAAGUUUUGUAUUAUGCACUAGUUUUACCUGGCAUGGGAAAGGACAGCCCUCCCCUACCUGUCACAGAACUAGUGUCAAACAGCCACUCAGUUCCUGCUAUAUCACACUGGCUUAUGGAGUUCAAAAGGAAAAUUUCAAACAAAACAAAAAAACAAAUAACACAAGUUGAGACAGAUCACAGCUGGGCUUUGAUUAACUCUGUGCUUAUUUCAUUCAACAGAGAAAAUGUUUCUGCCUACCUUGUCAGGGCAUACGAAAUAGUAAUGGGACAAACAACAGACAUUCCAACUUUUACAGUGCUUCAUCUUUGCUCUGCCCACAUUUUGAAGGCUCUUUUGCAAGCACUGGGGAAGACAACCACAGACAAAGGCAUAAAGGAAUAUGCCUUAUACACCUUUGCCUACCUCCUAAACUGCACUGAAAUGAAGACGGCUGUGGAAGUUUUUUAUCACAUGUGUGUGGUUUUUGAUUCAGAGGAGGACAAAAAAGUGAUGAACGAUAGCAAAGCCUAUCUUGAUGUGUGUAUUUUUGAAAACAAAGGCCUUAAGGUGGAAGAAAGUGAUCAAAUGAUGGAGCGGGAGAAGAUCUUGAUGGACAAAGCAACAAACACCACCAUCAUUCAAAAGUCACCUUUCACAAAAGUUUUUCAACUCCAAAGAGACCAAGCAGAAUGUGACAUCCUUUCCGAUGAUGCUGUUGGCCCAAAAAACACAUACCACUGUCCUGGUGUUAUCGAUGUGCUACUCAAGAGCUAUAUGGGGAUCUAUCCUUUAUGGAGUGGGUUGCUCCUUGGGGAUGUCUCACGGCACAUGAAAACAGAAAUUAAAAAAAGUGACAAAAAACCGAAAACAAGAGACACAAACUGCCACGUCGAGCUGUGGUUUCAUUUAUUAAAGCAUUCCAUCCUGCAAAAGAAGAGAUACUUGCGACCAGCAGAGUUUGUGUCCAAAAUGUAUGCCUCAAUGCAGGGAAGGUACAUUGAGCACAUCAUGCAACAAAAUCUUCCGGAGCACAUUUUGGAAAGGCUCAAUAAAAGUUCAAGCAGGUCAGAUGAUGACCCUGUUGAACAAUGGAACAAGCGUGAGAGUUCAGCUGGACAGUCCAAAUCAAAGUCCAAGUACUUUAAUCCACCCAAGAAACUAAGCAAACCAAAGAUCACGAUAAAGACAAGAACAGUCAAAGAGGAUGAGCAAGACAAAGAUGCACAGGUGGGUUUUGUAUAUGUAUUGGGAUAUGUUAUUUAUUUUUUAUAAUUAUACUACGCACAAACAAUUAACAUAAAUAUAUAAUAUAAAUACAUUUUAAUAAAUAAGUCUAUGACACAUAUUUGCACCACCCUUAUCAAAAAACAUUAAUAACAUACAAUUUUUAAAAAAAAAUCUCAAUUUGCAGUUAAAACUAAUGUGGAAAAAAAAAGACUGCGAGGUGGUCGUUGCAGUGAUUCCCUCACAGAUGAAGGGGCAGAACAUCCUCAUCCACCACUCUGAGCUGUGCUCACUAAGACCACAUCAGUGGUUGAUGGGGGAGGUUAUGGAGGGCCUGCUUCAUGCUUUUUCCCACACAUUUAGUGUGACGGACAACAUCUAUUUAUUGAGCCACUAUACAGCCGGUUGCAUUCUCUUUGGUGACCGGAAAAAUCUGCCUCAACAAAGUCUACGAAAGGUCAACUUCACCAACUACGGAGCAAUUUUAUCUUUUGUGCUGGUCAACAGUAACCACUGGAAUUUGCUGUACAUACAUGCAGAAACCGGCACUGUGUACCUGGUGGAUCCUGCUCAAAAGAGCUCUGAGCUGAAGGCCUCACAAACUGCCGCUAAAAGAAUAAGGGAGUACUUUGUGAUGAGAAGAACAUGCUGUGGAAAAAGCGAAUGGGUGGAUGUGAAAUGGAAAGGAGGAGUUAUGGCCCACCCCCUCCAACAAGAUGGAUGCAGCUGUGGAGUCAUUGUUGUCAAAAUGGCAAAAGCUGUAAUACAGGCUUUCCCAGAAAUCCCUGAGAUGACCUUCAGCACAUCCAAAAAGGAAAUGGAGAGGGAGAGAAGAGACCUGGCUCUUUACAUCCUAGAGAGUUCUGUCUUUGAUGAACAAAACAGAUGCGGAAUAUGUGCCUCCUCCAAGCCACCCGGACAAGGAACUGCCAUGAUUGAAUGGAUACAGUGUGAUGACUGCAACAGGUGGUUCCAUUGCUCCUGUCUGUCCAUGGCGAGUGAGGACAUAGAAGAUGCCAAGUACAAGAGAUGGGAAUGUCUCUUAUGCCAAUAAGCAAAUAAGGGACAUGUUUAUGUUAUGUCUUUUUCUUCGUGGAAGAAUAAAAUCAUAUUAAUGAA